AUGGCGACGUCAGAGAUUGCUGUUGAAAAUGAAUUUGUGGAUGUUAAGGGGAAGAGUUGGUCAACUGGUAAACAAGAAAUAGUUACUGAUGAUGAUGUGAGGGGGUUUUUGGAGACAAAGACCAAGGAUGGGUUUGUUGUAGUAUACUAUACUACCCAAGACAUUCAAAGCAAAGCAGUGAAGCCCGGUGAACUUAGGAGAAGCCCAAGGUUUAAGCAGGUGAAGGGAAAGGUACUGGGAAAGGGUAAAACACAGGGGAAAAGCAAAGGGAAAAAAAAGGGAGAGGUUGACAGUGAGUUGUUUGAUUCAGAAACUGGAUCUGGUUCUUCAAGCUCUGACUGCCCUGAUACUGACAUAGAGUGGGAAGCAGGGGAAGAAGAGGGGGAAGAUGAGGAGACUGAUAUUGGAGAUGGUCUUAACAGCACAAUUAACAACAUCAUUGAUGUUGUGAAUGAAAGUCUCCAAACUGAGCAACAAAGGAUUGAAUAUGAAGUGCAAAACAAUGAUGAUCUGCUUGAAAGUGAACUGUUGAGCAAAGAAGUUGUUGUGCAGGGAGAGUUCACUUUUGACAGUGAGGAGUUAGAUAGCCCUAAAGGGUCUGAUGAUGAGCAGGAUAAUUGUCCAUGGUUUCAUGCAUCAACAGACUUCAAGAAGGCCAUUCAAUUUGUGAAAGGACAGAAGUUUUUUAAUAACAAAGUGUUCAGGGAAGCUUUGAAGAAGCAUGCCAUUGAGAACAGGAGGUCUGUGAACCAGGAUUUUUGGCAGAUUAAGAGUCUGCAUUUGAAGCACAAGUGUGUAAGGGUUAGAAGCAAUCUAAAUUUGUCUGCUGAAUUUUUAGCUGAGAGGUACAUUGAGGAGUGGAGAAGUGACCCUGGGAAGAAGCUUAAAAUUUUCAGGAGGAGAGUGUUAGGUGAUUUAGGUAUUGAAAUUAAAUAUUAUAAAGCUUGGAUGGCAAGAGCAAGAGCUAAGCUUAUGAUAUAUGGUUCUGCAGCAGAACAGUAUGCAAGAGUGUGGGACUAUGGGAAGGCUCUCAUGCAAUACAGCCCUGGUACUGAGGGCAAUGUGGUAGUUGAUGGAUUGGAGCAGAUUGAACCACCUCUGUUCUUAAGAAUGUUCAUAUGCCUUGCACCACUUAGGAAAGGAUUCAUGUCUAGUUGCAAACCACUUAUUGGGGUUGAUGGCUGCCAUCUGAAAGGUCCCUAUCCUGGUCAGAUUUUGGUUGCAGUUGGUAAGGAUGGCUAUAACAAUAUUUACCCCAUUGCUUGGGCAACAGCUGAAAUUGAAAAUACAGAAACUUGGGUGUGGUUUCUUGAGAGCUUGAUGAAAGCAGUGAGAGAUGAAGAUCGAGGCCUGGGCUAUACCUUUAUAUCUGAUAGGCAAAAGGGACUGGUAGAAGCUUUGCACCAAGUGGUUCCUUAUGCAGACACUAGGUUUUGUGUCAGACAUAUUUGGGCAAACUUCAAGUUGCAAUUUAGUGGCUCAACUUUCAAGGAACUCUUCUGGUCUGCAGCAAGGGCUACAACACUGUUUGCCUUUGAGGUUGCAAUGGAGUCAAUUAGGUUCUUCUCUGAAGAAGCAUUUGAAUACCUUUCUGACAUUCUAGCCAAACAUUGGUCUAGACAUGCCUUUAGCACACAUCCUAAGUCAAACAUGUUGCUCAACAACAUUUGUGAAACUUUUAAUGCUGUAAUUAAAGAAGCUAGGGACAAGCCUAUUUUGACUCAAAUGGAGUGGCUUAGGAGGUAUGCCAUGAAAAGAAACAAUGACAAAUGGGAUGCUUAUCAGAAAAUGGAAGGGAAGGUUGUUCCUUAUGUGAAGAAGCUUUUUCAGAAGAUGGAACCAGCUGCAAGGCAUUGCAUUGUGCAACUGUCUAGGGGUGACACUUAUGAGGUAGAACUCAAUUCUGAUCUAGUCAUAGCGGACUUGAGUCAGGCAACAUGCACCUGCUUUCAUUGGGAUCUAACUGGUAUCCCUUGUGUCCAUGCAUAUGCAUGCAUCAUGGACAAAAGGGCUGAUCCAGAAGAUUAUGUUGAUAGUGCUUAUCUUGUGUCAACAUAUAUGUUGGCAUAUAGGCUGGAGAUUGCAGCAAUGCCUGGUCCACACUAUUGGCAAAAGGUGCAGCUUAGGCAACCUCUACCACCAGCAAUCAAAAUACAGCCUGGUAGGCCUAAAUCAAAGAAGAGGAAGUUGGAAAAGGGAGAAAUUGGGGGGCAAAAGCAAGAGGGGCAGCAGCCACUCAAAAGGAAGGCCACUUGUAAGAAUUGUGGCCACCUAGGCCACUAUGCUAAAACCUGCAAAAACCCUCAUGUGAAACCUGUUGCAGUGUCCUCCCCAAAAAAAGAAGGUGGCAGACCCCAUUUGGACACUGACUGGGUCAAAGAUCAGAGAAAGAGGAGAGCAGAAAUAGCUUUGAAAAAGAGUGCAGUUGGUGGUACACCUGGUCCUAACAGCAUAGGGAGAAAGAAGUUUCCUCAAGAAGAGCAGCAGAGGAAGCAGCAACAGCAACAUGACAGUCAGCAGAGCCAAGCUGCAUCCACAACAGCUGCCACAAGCUAUGCACCUCCUCCAACAUCAUCCACAUCAGCUGCAGCCACCCUCCCAAGUCAAAUGCCACCAAGAAGAAAGCUACAAGUCAUUAGACCUAAGAAGUAG